CGUCAAUAUAUUUUUUCUCUAACUUUUCCCUAUAAACUCUCCCUUCAUACUUCACUUUUUGUUUUGCUUUGUUUGUUGUUCUCACUUUUUGUCCUUCCCUAUAAAAGUUUUGUUUUUGGUUGUAUUGUGAAAGAAAACAAAAUGAACAAUAACUUGGAGAGUACUCGAUCAUUGCUCCAUGGAUUUGAUAAGGGGGGACUUUUCGAUUUGGGACAUCCUCUUCUGAACCGUAUUGCUGAAAGUUUCGUCAAAGCUGCUGGGAUUGGUGCUGCUCAAGCUGUUGCUCGUGAGGCUUAUUUUACUGCUUCUGAAAGUACUGGUGGAGAUACUACCAACAUACCACCAGAGAUCACUGGUCCCAAGAAAAAUCGAUUUCCAGACCUUAGAGGGGAGACCAACAGAAAGUCAGUUGAGGCACUGGUAAAGAGUACCGGAAAAGAAUCUGUUCAAUGGGGGCUAGCUGCUGGGAUGUACUCUGGACUUACAUAUGGAUUGACGGAGGCACGUGGUGUUCAUGAUUGGAAAAAUAGUGCCUUGGCGGGAGCAAUAACUGGUGCCGCUUUGGCUUUAACACUGGAAGAUCGUUCUCAUGAACAGGUGGUGCAGUGCGCCAUCACAGGAGCAGCCAUCUCGACUGCUGCGAAUAUGCUUACAGGAAUAUUUUAGGUUAAAUAGAAUAUGUUCAGUUGGAGAUUUGUUUCCAGCAUGUUUUCAUGGCACUGCACUAGAUAAUUUAACUACUAUGUAUGUGGAUAGUGCUAUUUUUGAAUUAAUUUUGUGGCAUUUUUUUUCCUUAUUACUUAUGUGAAUUUUGACGUUUCAAGGCAAAAUAAUAGUAUGAUGAUGUAAUCC